AUGACAUCCGGAGUUGUCUUGUGGGAUGAAGCAUCAUCUCGACUUUCUUUUUCCUCUACUGAAAAACAUAAUUUAGGUGAGAGACACAGUAUUAGACAGACUGUUGCUUUCUCUAUAUCAAGCUCUGUACGGACCAAAAUGGGUCCGUUAUACAAACAUAUACUGCUCAUUUUGCUUUUGAUGGUGGUGCUACACAAUACAUCUGAGGGAAAGAAAGGGUCCAGUAGCAAGAUCUCCCCCAAGAAGACACAAACAUCCCAUAAUCCAUUGCAGACCAAGACCAAGCCUGACUCUUACAGGAAACCCUCCACUCCUGCUGAAAGAGGAAACUCAGACAACCCUAACCAGCAGAAAGAUCGAGAUAGAGAUGAGUACAACCUUGGCGGAUACCCUGGCGGUUACCCAGUAAGAACUGGGUGGGACUCGGUUGAAUAUCCUGUUGGACGAGAUUAUCCCAACUGGAACCCCAAUAACAAAAUUCUCAGUCCACACUAUGGAGGCAUGUUUGGACCUGGCAGGGUCGACACAGGUGGAUCGCCUUUUUCCCGAUCCGUGCAAAGCAUGGGCUACCAUCCCUCUGUUGAAUCCAAAGGCUUUGGAAAACAGGCAAAGCUAGCUGCAGAUUCUGGGGCGUUGACGGGAAUGGCCGUGGGCUACGGAGUCGGGCAGUUUCCACGCCCAAACUUAAAAUUCAAAAGCCCAAAGGAGGAAUAUUACUACAACAACUAUAUGUAUAAACGUCAUGGGAUGGGAUCUGGGAAAGAGAUUUACAAUCCAGACAAAUACGAAAUAUCGCUGCUAAACCAGGCUCAGACAUAUGACCUAUACAUGGACAGAUGCACAAACCGAACAGACCUUUUCAGAGAGCAGGACACAUUAGAUUCUGCAGGUCAUAGCAGUAUUCAAAAGGAUGAUCCAUUAGCUGGACAUUCAGGUAUGGAAAAUGCUUACACAGGGAACGGUUGGCCAGAUCAGACCAACACAUCUUCACCCGCAACUAACAAUUCUCAUCUAAUGCCUGCUGGGACUCAUCUGGAUGAGAAUGAAGAAACUGUGAGCAUCCUAAAGAUUGGCUAUCCUGCACUCAUAGAGCAGAUGAAAGCUAAGAAAUGUGUAGAGCUCUACAUUCAGGACUUCCUGGAAAAGCAAAUCAAGAUUUUUCCAAGCCACAAUAACUGUAAUGCACACUCUGAUUUCCUCAUCUGUUUUUUUUCUCUCUCUCUGCUUUUCAUGCAUCUGCCUACUUCAUGCAUCUAAGUAGCACUUAGUGGCACUGCCCAUGCCGACUGCAUAUAAAUAAUUCAGCUUCUGUACUAUUCACUGUCCAAGUCUACAAAGUCGGAUAGACUAUUUCUUGUUUUAAACUAUUUCUCUUGUUUUUAAAAAACAUAAGAAUGAGAGUAACAUAAAGGUUUUAGUACUUUUCUGAAGUAUCAAUUCUAACUGUAACGUAUUGUCGUCUUACAUUUCAAUAUGCAUUUUGUCAUUAUUGGCU